AUGGCCGCCACCGCCCGCGCGGCAGAAAAGUGUCCCGGCCCCGCCGGCGCGGGCAAGUCGACCUUCUGCACCGCCCUCAUCCAGCACCUCCAGAACAUCAAGCGCCCCUGCUUCUACGUCAACCUCGACCCGGCCGCCGAGGACUUUGCCUUUGAGCCGGACCUCGACAUCAAGGACCUCAUCAGCCUCGAGGAUGUCAUGGACGAGAUGAGCCUGGGGCCCAACGGCGGCCUCAUCUACUGCUUCGAAUUCCUCAUGGAAAACCUCGACUGGCUCACCGACCCGCUCGAGGAAGUUACCGACGACUACCUGAUCGUCUUCGACAUGCCCGGCCAGAUUGAGCUCUACACCCAUGUGCCCAUCCUGCCCGGCCUCGUCAAGCACCUCAUGUCGGGCUCGCUCAACAUGCGCAUGUGUGCCGCCUACCUGCUCGAAGCCACCUUUGUCAUCGACCGUCCCAAGUUCUUCUCCGGCACCCUGUCUGCCAUGAGCGCCAUGAUGAUGCUAGAAAUGCCGCACAUCAACAUACUGAGCAAGAUGGAUCUGGUCAAGGGGCAGGUGGCCAAGCGCGACCUGAAGCGUUUCAUAGACGUCGACGCAGACUUGAUCGAAGACGACCCCGCCCGCAAGAAGAUGUCGCCUGAAGAAGAGCGAAAAUACCGCGAUCCAGCGUCCAAGGAGAGUCUCAUGAGCGGCUCCUCGUUCCACAAGCUCAACAAAGCCGUCGCCGAGCUGAUUGACGGCUUCAGCAUGGUUUCCUUCCUCAAGCUCGAUGUGCAGGACGAGGACAGUCUCGGCGCGGUACUGAGCUACAUUGACGACGCCAUACAAUUCCACGAGUCACAAGAGCCCAAGGAGCCCAGGGAUGUCGAGCCCGAAGCGGACAUGUAG